CCGGCUCAAGAUUAUCUUAGUGCGUAUAACAGCUUAGCUAGUUGUGUUGUGUGUGCAUUGCCGCGACGCGCAUUGCAUGCAGCCAUGGCGAUGAAGGCGCCGGCGUCCAGCUCGUACGUCCUCCUCGCCCCGCUCGCGCUGCUCCUCGUCGCCGCCGUCGUGUUCCUGCUCCCGUCCCUCAACGGCGCGCACGUCGGCUCCGACGGACUCGGCGUCGACCUCUGCGCCCGCCGCAGCGCCGGCGCCGGCGCCGAGGGCUACACCGUCUUGGCGAAGGAGGAGGAGGAGGAGAAGGAGAAGCCUGAGCUGAGCCUGCUCGUCGGCGUCCUGACGACGCCGAAGCGGUACGAGCGGCGGGACAUCGUGCGGCUGGCGUACACGCUGCAGCCGGCGGCGGCGCGGGCGCGGGUGGACGUCCGGUUCGUGUUCUGCCGGGUGGAGGACCCGGUGGACAGGCAGCUGGUGGCGCUUGAGGCCAUGCGCCACGGCGACGUGGUGGAGCUCGCCUGCGAGGAGAACAUGAACCACGGCAAGACGCACGCGUACCUCUCCUCCGUGCCGCGCCUCUUCGCGGCCGACCCCUACGACUACGUCAUGAAGACCGACGACGACACGUACCUCCGCGUGGCGGCGCUCGUCGACGAGCUCCGCCGCAAGCCCCGCGACGACGUCUACCUCGGCUACGGCUACGCCAUGGGCGGGCAGCCGAUGCCGUUCAUGCACGGCAUGGGCUACGUCGUCUCCUGGGACGUCGCGAGCUGGGUGUCGACGGCGGAGGAGAUCCUCGCGCGCAACGAUACGGAGGGGCCCGAGGACCUCAUGGUCGGCAAGUGGCUCAACCUCGCCGGACGCGGCCGGAACCGCUACGACCUCAAGCCGCGGAUGUACGACCUCAGCUGGGACAUGGACAACUUCCGGCCGGACACCAUCGCCGUCCACACGCUCAAGGACAACCGCCGGUGGGCGGCGGCGUUCAGCUACUUCAACGUCACGGCCGGGAUCAAGCCGCACCACUUACCAUGAUCGCUGUCAAGUCUCACCUCUGCAUCCACAAUUGUUUGUUUUUUUUCUUUUUCUCUCUGUUGUUCGAUUAAUGUCAGCUAAUUAAUUGUUC